CCCCCCUCGCACCUCUCCCCCCUCCGCACCCCCGAACUAAUCCACCUCCGCACCUACCUCACCACCCUCCUCUCCUCGCACACCCUAACCGCCAACCCCGUCCUCCUCUCCCACAUCCUCACCCUCCGCUGCACAAUCUCCCUGCGCCUAUCUUGCGCCCAGCACCUCAGCGCCGUCGAGCAAAAAGCCUGGGCGUCCGGUCACGGGUUUCCGAUUUUCGACGCAGAAAGUAAAAUGACUGGGUUCCGGUGGAGUUGGUCGGCGCUCGAGUUCGAAUUCGGAGUCCAUAUCGUGGCGUGGGUUGUGCGUUGGUUGUACGCGUUUCAGCGUAAAUCGGCGGCACGACGGUAUGCGCUGCGGCAGUCGUAUCGGUUUCUGGAGAAUGAGGCUACGUAUCGUAGGGAGAGGAGGGAGGGGCAUGAGGUUGUGGAGUGGAGGUGUAAUGGGGAGGAAGUGUGUGUGUGGGUUUAUGGGGCGUGUUUUAGGGAUACGGAGGAGUGGGAGGUUGCCAGGGGGGAGCUGGAGGGGUAUGAAGUGGGCAUGCUGAAGGAGGGGGUGGCGAAGAUGCGGAAUACGGUGCGGGGAGGGUGGGAGUUUGUGGUGUAUGUUGAGGGGGAGGAGGCAGAGGUUGAGGAAUUGUUUCCGGUGGAGAGGACGGCAUCGGAGGGGCUUUCGGGCGGAAGCCAGGACGACGAUGCGGAGUCAUUUGAUGGAUACUACUAUGGCGAUAAUUUGGAGCAAAUUGUUGCUCUGACAUCGGGACUUGAGGCCCUGGCACAGUCUUCUUGCGCCUCCUCCGCAUCCGACCACGCGGAAGUUGAUGAACAGACACCGGAAGUACCUCCUCGCGUCGGAGACUUGCUGCACCAGGCAGAGACACUGGUCAGCGCGAUUAGGGGCAUCAAUUCGCAACUCUCAUCUACCGAGGAGAGGCAAUCGUCGUCUAGCCAGCACAGCGAGAUUCCACCCGCUUUGCAGACACAGCCACUACCAUCCCAGUACGCGGCAUCAACUGUCAGACACCCACGCCGUGCAGCUGCAAGGCAGCCAACAACGCUGCACCGAUAUCAGGCGUAUGCCGAAGACGACGAUGGCGAAGGCUCGGUUAGUGCCUUGCCGAGCUCCUGGCGUGAUAUUUGA